ACUGUUCUGAUAGUACAACUCCAGCACCAGGUUUGGUUAGUGAUACACGGUCUGCUUAAUCUAUCAAGUCAGUUGAGUUUAACUUGAGGAAAGUGUCGAAUAAUCAAAUAAGAUGUACAACUACAGCAGUGCGUAUCAAGGGUAUAAUUUGAACCCACCCACGUCAAACGCGGCCAGCAAUAAUGGCAAUCUCCAAAACAACAACAAUAACAAUGGUAACAGCAAUAAUAAUUCCAACGCCGGGACCAACCCUCAACAAGGACAAGGCGUAGGUGUAGGAGUUGUUCCAUCAGCCACGAACCCUAUGUUAUCGGAUAGAGGCAAGAAUAUUCGUCACAAUAUGUUGCAGAACACUGCGCCAUACUAUUCGCGGACUUCUCCAGUACCACCAUUGAGCCACCAGAUGCACCACCAACCACACACUAGCCACAGAUCGGCAUUGGGCACGGGGGUUCCCAACAUGGGCUUGCCAUCGGUCCAGCAGAUCCGUCAUAUCCAACCACAACAAACCCAACACGCACAACAACAGGGACAAAAUCAAUCUCAAAAUCAACAAUAUACCCAGUAUCAACAACAACAACAACAACAACAAACCUCGCCUCAACCAACUACACAACAGAUUUUUGCUUCCCAAUUGACCAAUGACCACCAACCUCAACAAUUGGACCCAAGCCAACUUCUGGCUUUCACCCCUCAACAACAGCAACAAUACCAACAGCUGAUUAUGCAACAACAAUAUUUGCAACAACACCAACAGCAGCAACACCAACAGCCACAAGUUGUCCAACCACAACAGGUUCAGCCUAGACAAUACCUGACGGUGCAAAUGCAACAAAUCCACCAACAGGGACACAUGCUGCUCCAACAACCUCAACAACAGCAACAACAACAGCAAGCUCCUACUGGAUCGAUCUCACCGGAACAACAACAACAACAGCCACCACAAAAGAAACCCAGAAAGCAACGUGUUACCAAGAAACAACUCGAACAACAAAAAGAACUUGAGCAAGAGCAAAGGAGACAACAACAGGAACAACAAGAAUUGUUGAAAGUGCAACAACAGUACCAAUUAACUGCUGAUGGUAAGAAGAAGAGAGGACGUCCCAAGAAGUUGAUCCAUGAUCCAACUACCAACACAUUCAUUGACUCUAGCCACCCACAUUUCAAAGCAUUGAACAAGACCAUGAAGGAAGCUGCUGCCGCGACUGCCCAUGUCGAUGGUUCAAACGGAAACCUUGUACAAACUCAAAAUUUGCAACAACAGCAACAACCACAACAACAACUGCCACCACAACAAACCCAACCUAAAAAGAAACAACGUCGUACUAAUGACGCUGCAAGAUCUGCCAAGAAUGAAAACUUGUCGCCUUCGUUGUCGAGAUUAUUCAACCAACCACCUUCCAUGCGAACAUUAGACGAUGAAGCCGUGCAGCAAUUGCUUCAAAAGAAGGAUAAGAGAGGAAGACCUAGAAAAUUUCCUGUGGAAGAAACUGGUAUUACCAUUAAGGGAAUUAGAGUUAAUGGUAAUGUCAAGCAUAGAGUCCAAAAGAGUUGAAUCCCAAAAAAUACUUUUGCUGUAUUAUUAACAUGAAGAAGAUAUCCUUGUCUAUGUUUUGUUUUGCCUAAUUUGUUCAUUGUUAAUUACAUUUUGUUUAUUUUUUAAAAUCGUGUGAUAAUUAGUUAGUUUGUGUAUGUCUUUGUUUCUUUACCUUUUGUACUUUAUAUAUAUAUACCUACUUGUUUCUAUAUAAUCUUAUUCAUGAACCGCCCAAUGGCAAUCAUAGGUGCACAGAAUGCCUUGAUCAUCAUACACAAGGCAUCAAUUAACCGACUCAAUUCAAACAAGAUCCACAUGAAUAUUCCCAAUUCGAGAAAUAUCACCAAGGUUUGGGCUUGAGGAAACCAUUCGCCCAUGAUAUCAAUGGGUGAGAACACACGCCUCAUAAUGUCAAUUUUCUUGAUCAAACUGACAAAGUUGGACACUACCGCAAGCGGUGUAUGAGGGUCAAGGGUAAAGAAUCUUCCUGCUAGCGACCGGGCAUGGGUCAUGGUUUGAUACAUUAAUGGAAGUCUAUGAACAGAUGCCGCUUCUGAAUCCGAAUCAACAUCAUCCACUUCCAUUGAUGACAGCGAUGUUGGCGGUGUUGGUUCGAGUUGUUUCGUUAUUGGGUUAUAGUAAAGUUCCUCAGCUAUAUCUUCAUCUGAAUUGUCACUAUCACAUUCAAUGACAAAUUCUUUACUUUCGACAUCGUCGUCACCUUCUUCGUUGGAGUGGACGCUCUUGCUGUGAAUACUCUUACUGUGGAUACUCUUGCUGUGUAUGCUCUUACUAUGAACACUUUUUGCCUUUACACUUGCUGGUUUUAAAACCUUUUUCUUGUCGGUCUUGGCUAACUCGCCAGUCAACACAUUUGCAACAGGUUGAUUCCAAUUUCCAAAUAUUAUCUUGGAGUUCUUAGUGAAUCCCUUGAGAUUUUUCUUGAUUAUUCUCGUGUUCUUGGUGUAUGGAGAUUCCAUGACCGGAGCAGGUUUGGGUUUGGGCUUAGGCGCUUCCUUUUCCUCUUUUUCCUUGUUGGGUUCAGUUGGUCUGUCGUAUUUCACAAGAGAAAGAAGAUAGUUCCAGCCAGGACUGAAUUUGUCAUCUGCUUUCUUGUGUUCUUCCUUCUUUUCCUC